GUCCUCUGCGCGGGUGCGGAGGGGGAAGAGACCCCAGUCGGGGCGCCCGAGGGAAAGCGCGCGAGAGGAGCCUCCGCCUUCCUCCUCCUCCUCCUCCUCCUGCAAAGUCGUCGAGUUUCUCGGGAGCUUCUUCGGGAGACGCUCAGCCCGAUGGCUUGCGGGCAGGGAGAGGCGGCGAGAGGCGAGCGCAAUCCUGACAUGAUCUUACACGUGAACAAGGUGAUGUCCAUCUUGUUUUAUGUGAUAUUCCUUGCUUAUCUCCGUGGCAUCCAGUCUACCAACAUGGACCAAGGGAGUUUACCAGAAGAUUCAAUAAAUUCUCUCAUUAUAAAACUUAUUCAAGCAGACAUCUUGAGAAAUAAGAUCUCCAAGCAAAUCACAGAUAUAAAGGAUAGUGUUCAAGACACAGUGAAGAAAACAGAGACUGCUGAGCCUGAUAUGGAUGGCAAUGAAAGUGUGAAACUGGAUUUCCAACCGGUUAUCUCAAUGGAUACAGAACUACUAAAACACCAGAAACGCUACAGCUCCCCCAGGGUCCUCCUGAGUGACAAUACUCCAUUGGAACCCCCACCAUUAUACUUACAGGAGGAUUACAUUGGCAGUUCUGUGGCGGCAAACCAAACGUCUCGGCAGAAGAGGUUUGCUGAAAACAAGAGUCACCGUGGGGAGUAUUCCGUGUGUGACAGUGAGAGCCGGUGGGUCACAGACAAAUCUUCUGCCAUUGACAUUAGAGGACACCAGGUUACUGUGCUGGGAGAAAUCAGAACAGGGCCUUCCCCAGUCAAGCAAUAUUUUUAUGAAACAAAGUGUAAACAAGCCAAGCCUGCCAAAAGUGGCUGCCGUGGUAUAGAUGAUAAGCACUGGAACUCGCAGUGCAAAACAUCCCAAACAUUUGUACGAGCAUUGACUUCAGAAAACAAUAAACUUGUAGCCUGGCGAUGGAUAAGAAUAGACACUUCUUGUGUGUGUGCAUUAUCCAGAAAAAUUGGACGAACAUAGGUCUGUGCCUCUCCGUCGUAUAAAUUAUUAUGUCUAAAUUAUAUGAUAUGCAUGUAGCAUAUAAAUGUUUAUAUUGUUUUAUAUAUUAUAAGUUGUCCUUAUUUAUUAAAUUCCAGAAAACUGCCAUGUGUGUAUGUAUAUGUGUAUGUAUAUAUAUAUAUAUAUACAUAUAUAUAUGCAUGCACAUAAACAACACCAAUUAAAAAACAGUAAAGUAUGGAUAUCUACAAUUGGCUACACCAGUUUUCAUGACUGCUUGUGACUUCUGUUCCUCUUCAGCCUUCCAUAAGUUGCCUGUAAAAUCUUUGUGUAACAUUGGUAUUUUUUCGCCCAGAACUGUCAAUCCACUGACUUUCAUGGAGUAAACCUGUUAAAAGAAAUUAGAUCAAGUUGCCGAGACUUCUGUACAUGCUUUUCCAUUCCUUGAUGAUAAGAUUAAAUAUAUAGUGUUUAACUGUA